CUCUGCCAAAAAGUCAUGCAGACUUAGAAACAUGCAGAAGUGCGGGAAGCAGGCACAGACGUAAGUCACUCUGGACUGCGCUGAGAAGCUGAGAGAGAGAAACGGAGACCCGAGAGGCUGGAUGGCCCAGAGGAUGGAAGACCAGGUGAGAAUCCCACCUGGAGCAACGGGGCUAUACAGAGCAAUGUUGGUCAAAUCAGCAUCUAUGUAUUCUGAAAUUCAGAGAGAACGGCCCGAUAUUGGGAAUAUCAUGGCCCAUCCAGACUACAUUGAUGGAAACCCUGAUCUCAUCAGACCGAAAAAGCUCACCAAUCCUGUCAGAGCCUCCAAAAGCCACCAAGAACUUCACAGAGAGCUGCUGAUGAAUCACAAAAGAGGAUUGGGAGUUGAGAGCAAACCAGAACUUCAGCGAGUCCUGGAGCACAGAAGACGAAACCAGCUGAUAAAGCAGAGGAAAGAAGAAGAGGAGGCCAAGAAAUUAAAGUCUCCAUUUGAACAAGAGCUCCUGAAGAGGCAGCAGAGGCUGGAUCAGUUGGAAAAGGAACAUGAGAAGCAAGAAGAGAAUGAACCAGAAUUUAUUAAAGUCAAAGAAAACCUGAGGAGGACAUCGACACUUACUGGGGCAGAGAAGGUCGCAUAGCAGGCAUCAGCCAAGACCAGAGUGGUGAAGGACCUUCUGCUUGUUUGAAUACCUACAUGCUGACAUCUUUGUACAAUGAUGGACAUUCGCAGUUAUGUCUUUGGGGCUCUUGACUGCUUACUCAUGCUUGCUCCAGUAGAAAUCCCAGCAGGGGCAUUUCCUCAUCUGGGGAGGAGUGAUGGCAACAGAAGGAAGUGGGGUGUCUUGCCUGAAUGAGAAGCAGUGAGGGAGUAAUAAUGAUAAUGACCUCCCCUCCCCUUCCAGGAUUGGGGCAAUGCUAGUGCCCUUUCCCUUCACUUAUUAUUAACCCUUGGCUAACCUUUUGAGAUUCAGCAUGUGCUUAGGACAGAGGCGCUUGUGUCACAGAAGGUACCGCACAAAGAGGAGGGGUGGUUAAACCAGGAUUUUCUGCUGGUGAAAUUGAACUGUUCAGUGCCUAAGAGAACUCUUGGAGGAGCUUGUCAGAAAACCAGAGGGGACAGCAAAAAGGGAAGAUUCGGAAAGCAGGGAAAGUGCUGGCCCAGAUUUGGGGCACGUCCGUUUACACUUGCAUGAUUUGCGCUGUAGCUAAGCAACACUGCCCAGCAGGUGCGAUUGUAUCAAUAGACCACUGAGUGGGGUAAAUAAUGCAUAUUGUGUCUCUUUGGUCAAUAUUAGGAUGUACUGGUUUCAGUCAUAAUAAAAUAAGACUAAGGGUCCCUCUUUGCAAUGCAA